AUGAUAACAAAUUCAAAAGGAAAAUGGCAAAAAGCACAUCUUAAAUUAUAUAAGUAGUUUUUAUGUCUAAAUGAUGUAAUAAUUAAGAUAAUUAUAACAUAGAAAGAACAAGUAGAUGUUUCAAACUACUAGAUUUCUAAAGUAGAAAAUAAAAUUUUGGGAUAAGGAAUAAGGUUAUAAUCAAUUGAAUUAUCACUUGAAUUUUAUGGUACUAUAGAUAAAUGGUUUGAAUACUUGAGACUCUAUUGUNUCAGUACCGGGAGUUUUGUAAUAACUAAAAUAUGGAGUCAUUGA